AGUAGUUGCCUUUUUGCUUUUUCCUUUUGUAGACUUGCUUGGGCUUCUCUCUUUCUAACAAAACUAUAUUUUAGUUUUGUUCUGAAAAUGAUAUUAAAGUGUAUAUGUUUGAACAAAAAAAAUGAUAUUAAGUGUAUAAAAUUCAUAGGAUUAUAUGCAAUGCACUUUUGACAUAGUUCAAAAUUUUCCCAUAUGUAAGUAAAGUAAUUAAAUACAUAAUACGUGUCGACUAGAGACUACUAAUCGUAUAUCCAUCCUUCUAAUUAAUAUUUACGUCUAUUAACAGAAAACGUACAAAUCCUCUACAAUCUCGAGUUUGACGAGGGGAUUAUCUUUUAUAUUUAAUUAUUUAUUAACAUAAGAUAAUUGAGUUGAAUGUAAUCUAUGUUUUCCUUUUUUGAUUUAUAUUUGGAUAACCGUAACAAAAAUUUAAGCCAAUCUAGAAUGAAAACAAAAAAAGAAAAACGAAAAGAAAAUUAAUUAGAGAACCGAACCAAAUCCAACCUAAACCGUACCAAAAACAAAUUACACGAGAGUCAUGUUUGAUUCGUUGACCAAAAAAUAAAUGAAUUUUGUUAACCCAAAAAAUCUGAAACCGGAUUAGACGGUCAAAGAGUAACACACAUAUAAAUCGAAGAGUAGGGGAAGUAAAUAAAAAAAGAAGAAGGAGAAGAGAGUAAAUAAUAAACCUCACUAUAGAGACGUCGAUCAAACAACCAAACAACCCUAAAAUUCAUCAAAAUCAUCUCUUUUUUCUUCUUGCCAUAUUCCUCCUUGUCAUCUGUAAAAAUCAAAACCAAACCCUAAUUAAAUUACACCUUGAAGAAGAAGGAAAGAUCCUAAUCACAUAUUUAAUGGCGGAUCUGACAUGUACGACGCCGUUUUUGCUCUAUCCAUCACUCGUCAUCAUCCUCUUCUUCUACUCAAUUAACCACCAUAACCAAAUAUUCUCCUCCGUCCUCGAUGAUGAUCCUUCUUGUCGUCUCUCGUCUUCUCCACAAGCUGUUUUCUCUUCCUUGAGAAUCUUCCCUUUCCGUUCUUCCUCUUCUUGUCUCAAUAUUACUUCCAACAACAAUUCGACGUCAGAAGUUGUGGUGGUAGAAGAAGUUGAUGAAGCGGUGGAGAGAAUCGAAGAAGGUUUGGCGAUGGCUAGAGCCGCCAUAAGGAAAGCCGGAGAAGAGAAUCUCCGUCGUGAUCGGACGAAUAAUUCGGAUGUGGGAUUCGUAUCAAGUGGAUCUGUCUAUCUCAACGCUUUUACUUUUCAUCAGAGUCACAGAGAGAUGGAGAAGAGAUUCAAGAUAUGGACAUAUAGAGAAGGAGAAGCUCCUCUGUUUCACAAAGGUCCACUCAACAACAUUUACGCUAUUGAAGGCCAAUUCAUGGACGAGAUCGAGAACGGAAACAGCCGUUACAAGGCGGCUUCACCGGAGGAAGCCACCGUGUUCUACAUCCCUGUAGGGAUCGUCAAUAUCAUACGCUUUGUCUAUAGACCUUACACUAGCUAUGCACGUGACCGUCUCCAAAACAUUGUCAAAGACUACAUCUCUCUCAUCUCUAACCGUUACCCUUACUGGAAUCGCAGUCGUGGUGCUGACCACUUCUUCCUCUCCUGUCACGAUUGGGCACCUGAUGUCUCAGCUGUGGAUCCAGAACUAUACAGGCAUUUUAUCAGAGCUCUCUGCAAUGCCAAUGCCUCCGAGGGAUUCACCCCAAUGAGAGACGUUUCAUUACCUGAAAUCAACAUUCCCCACAGCCAAUUAGGGUUUGUACACACCGGAGAAGCGCCUCAAAACCGCAAACUCUUAGCAUUCUUCGCGGGCGGUUCUCACGGAGAAGUCCGGAAAAUACUUUUCGAACAAUGGAAAGAAAAAGACAAAGACGUCCUUGUCUACGAGUAUCUCCCCAAAACCAUGAACUACACGAAAAUGAUGGAUAAGGCAAAGUUUUGUUUGUGUCCGAGCGGUUGGGAAGUGGCGAGUCCAAGAAUCGUGGAGUCUCUUUACUCGGGUUGCGUUCCGGUCAUCAUCGCGGAUUCUUACGUUCUCCCGUUCAGCGACGUGUUGAAUUGGAAGACAUUCUCGGUUCAUAUUCCAAUAUCGAAGAUGCCUGACAUAAAGAAGAUUCUAGAAGCGAUAUCAGAAGAAGAGUACUUAGAGAUGCAGAGGAGAGUGCUUGAAGUUCGGAAACACUUUGUGAUAAACAGACCUUCAAAACCAUAUGAUAUGUUGCAUAUGAUCAUGCAUUCUAUUUGGUUACGGAGGCUUAAUGUUCGAAUCCCUCUUUCAGAGUGAACUACAUAUUGUUAUACUCUUUUAUAUAUAAUACACAUACAUAAUAUAGGAUCUUCAGAAACUAAACAAUGUCCCGUUCUGGAUUUUCGAUUAGAACAAGCCUUCUAGGUUUCGUUUGGGAAUGAAACGUACAAUUUGCAAGCAGGUCUACUUGUAGUGUUUGGGAAGCCCAAAAAAGGCCCAUUUCUGAUCAUCAUUUGAAAAAGAUUUUUCCUUUUUAAUUAUAGACGACUUUGAAGUUUAAACGUAGCUUCUGCCUAGGCCUUCUUGCCCUUCAAGUUUCGCAUGUUUCUGACUCGUUCACGUUUGA